AUAUAUAGCCCGAUAACUAGGGUUUGGCAUUCGCAGUCGCAUACUCGCAGUACAUCUCCAUCCGUUGGAAAACCUCGCCGACGGAGAGAGCUCGCAAUGGGGAGAAGACCAGCAAGGUGUUAUCGUCAAAUAAAAAACAAGCCAUACCCAAAAUCACGAUAUUGUCGUGGUGUUCCUGACCCAAAGAUCAGGAUCUAUGACGUUGGAAUGAAGAGGAAGGGAGUCGAUGAGUUCCCAUUCUGUGUCCACCUGGUGAGUUGGGAAAAGGAGAAUGUUUCAAGUGAGGCUCUCGAGGCUGCUCGGAUUGCUUGCAACAAAUAUAUGACCAAAUUUGCUGGAAAAGAUGCUUUCCAUUUGAGAGUCAGAGUGCAUCCAUUCCAUGUUCUGCGUAUCAACAAGAUGCUUUCAUGUGCUGGAGCUGAUAGGCUCCAGACUGGAAUGAGGGGUGCAUUUGGGAAGCCACAGGGUACUUGUGCAAGAGUGAGCAUUGGUCAGGUUCUCUUGUCUGUCCGCUGCAAAGAUGGCAAUGGCAAUCAUGCACAGGAGGCCCUUCGCCGUGCCAAGUUCAAGUUUCCUGGUCGCCAAAAGAUCAUUGUCAGCAGGAAGUGGGGUUUCACCAAGUUUAGUCGUACUGAUUAUCUUAAGUGGAAGUCAGAGAACCGGAUUAUGCCAGAUGGUGUUAAUGCCAAGCUUCUUGGUUGUCAUGGACCUCUGGCGCAACGUCAACCUGGACGAGCAUUUUUGCCAUCAACUGCUUAGGACUUUUGAAUAAUUUUAUUUGGUAGAAGUUUGCUCAAUGGAUUCAUGGUUUUAAUAUCUCCUAGGAAUUUUCCUCAUGAAUUGGACUUUUGAAUUCUCACUUUAUUACUGCAUCUUGUUUUAUUUGAUUGGAAAGUUCGCAUACAUUGGAUUUUCGUUCACUGUCGUGUUAGCUCUUGAUUUGAUCUUGUUUAUGUCAGAGAAUUUCAUUGUCUUACCUUUCUUCUUUCA